UGUUGCAUCAUCGACAUGAAACAGUCGUCUAAACCAAGACUCUGUCAACAACUUUUUGUUGCCCGGCAGCGCGAUCGCGCGAGGAACCUUCAAACGGAACUCAUGCUGGGGAAAAUGUGCAGUAAAAUAACAAUAUUCGUCGUUUUUGUGAUACACACUUGAGAUAGUCUGAUGAGUGUUGACGAAACUUUAAGACCAAAGUACUGAGAGAAUGGACCACCAGUUAACUCCUGAAGAGAGAACACACAUGUUAACCAAACUGUAGCUGUUCUGAAGUCGGGGACGACUUGUAGCAUUACCAUGGAGUUUCAGCACAGUGCCAGUAUGGCAAGCCUGCCGAGCCUUGCAGGGUUCAGUGAGGCAAUCAGCGAAGCAGAAGAAAUCGAAAGUGUCAAGCGACUUCAGCAGCAAGGUGACGCAGCUUUCCACGACAAGGAUUUUGCUGAAGCAGCAGCGUGUUAUGGAGAAGCACUGGAGAUAGACAAUGACAACGCUCAGUUGCUGGCCCGGAAGACCGUCUCAAAUAUUGAACUCGGAGAGUAUGCAGAGGCGAGGAAAGAUGCUGAGUAUCUGAUCAAGCUGAACCCUCACGUACCUCAGGGUCACUACCUUCUAGCUGUUAGUCUGAACAACCUGCGAUACUUUAACCUAGCAAUUAGUGCCUUCCUGAACGCCUUGCAUUAUGAUGUCAAACACAGAGAUCGUCUCGCUGACAACGUGGCUGUUGUAGCUGGAAAUAUCUGCAAUUUCCCUGAAGAAUCUCUCGCAACUUUCAUCAAUUUGUCACCAGCUGAAAAGUUACUCGAGGUGGGCAUCAAUUUGAAGCGAGCCAAUCAGAACGCCUCAUGCAUCGAGGUGCUGCAGUAUGCCCUGGAUCUGAAAACCCUAGAUGAACUGUGUCAACAGAGGGCACUGUUUAACAUCGGAGCUGGCUAUGCCGGGAACGCAGAUUACGAAUUGGCAAAGGACUAUUAUAAGCAGUGUCUGUCAAUCGCUCUCCAACAGAAAAAUCUGAGGUAUGAGGCUGAGGUCUACUGCCGCCUCGCCGAGAUUUACUUACAGGAGGAGAACCUGGAACAAGGAAUUGUGUACUAUGUGAAACUUCUCUCAAUCUGUAAAGACCUUGAAACGAUAGAAAAUGGCUCUGGUGAGUCCUGCAAUGUGAAUUUACAGCGCGUUGUUCAUGAAACCCUCAGUAAUGCAUACAAAGCGGUUUGUGAUUAUCCUCACGCCCUGCAGCAUGCCAAAAAGAAUCUUGAGGUACUCGACGGAGACAAGGAUAAGCAAGGAAUUAGAACUAGCGAUCUUCUAGGAAAGGCUCACUUCACGGUAGCUUCCCUUCAUGAAGGAGUUGGAGACUUUGUGUCAUCGCUUGAACACUUUAAGUCCUACCUUGCAAUCAGCAAGGCUUCAAAGGAUCGUGCAGGCAUGGGGAGGGCCUACGGGUGUAUUGGAAGAGUCUAUCACAAGCUUUGCAACUGUUCGUUAGCUCAGAGUUUCUAUGAGCAACAGCUGCACAUAUCGGAGAAGCUGUCGUAUCACACUAUGCAGGCCACAGCUUUGAGAAGCCUUGCCGAUGUUCACAAAGACCAAGGCAACACAGAUAACGCGUUGGAAUGCCUUCAGAGGUAUCUCCAGAUCAGCCGAAAGCUGGAUGAGUUUGAGACAGAGUGUCGGGCAUAUAUUGCCAUGGGUGAGCUGCACCAGGCUGACGGAAAUCCACAACAUGCUCAGCACUUUUAUGAGCAAGCUCUAAAUCUAGCUGAGCGAUCACAUGAAACAGAAUUGGCCUACGCCAGCAGGGGAAAACUUGCCCAGGUGUUGCUUGUUUCUCGAGCCGAGAAAAAUCUUGAGAAAGCCCGGAUGCUGGCAGAAGACUCCAUUGAGUAUUAUCUCCAAACUCUAGAAGACACCAAGCAUAACAAAGAGAACACACUGGAACUUCUUGAGCAGAGUUACAAGCUCGUCCAAGUUGCUCUGAAGAAACUUGCCAGGCCGUACAAAGCUCUGGAAUGCGCCGAGACCCAAAUGAGACGAGAAUUUCUCAACACGUUAGUAAAGAACAUUGCUAGUUUGGGCCAACAAACAGAGGCUGUCGGAGACUUGCUGAGCAGUAGCGCAGACAUCGGUGAUAUGUUAAAGAUUGUAAAUAACGAAUCAGCAGCAGUUUUAUAUCUGUCCCUCUGCCAUUCUUGUGUUCUAAGCUGGGUCUUCAGACCAGGGGAAGGUUGCUGGGCUGGUAAACAUGACCAAGAUAAUACCAUUCAGGAUUGUCCUCGUUACGUCCAAGAGCUUAUCUCAUCAAUGAGAGCCUCUGAGAGUCAAGCAGAUGAGGCGUAUGAGACGGAAUUCAGAGCCCUUCCUCUCCAAGACUCUAAGAUACAUCAAUUGAAGACCCUGAACCUAGCUAUGAUGAAACACGGAACCAAUAAAACCACACCUCUUGAUGACAAAGAUGAGAAAAGUACCUCCACGACAAGAGAGUCUCCUUCAAGAAAGAUGCACAAACUUCUCCUAUCCCAAGUAGAGUGUCUUCUCCAAGGAUGUAGCUCGGUAGUGAUUGUAGCCGACCGUGUCUUGACCCAGGUUCCAUUUGAUGCCUUAGAGGAUGAUGAAGGUUGUCUGUUUGGCGACAAGUAUCUUCUAACUUUACUUCCUUGUCUGGAGGCGCUCAAAUACAUUCACAAGCACAGCAGCAAUGAUGUAACCCAAGACCAAACAGAAAAUGGCACGGGCUCACAAUCAUCACCAACGCAUCCCAUAUACUUGGACCACAUGCUGAGAGUCGUCGUCCCGCCCAAAGAGCAGCCCCACAGCAUCAUCAAAGAGAGUGAGGCCGAAGCUCCGAAGAUGGCCCAGAAGAGCGCCAGGCCAUCCUACGUCAGUUUCGACCGCAAUUCUUACCACGUCAUCAAAAGUCCAAGAGACAAAGUCUCCGUGAUGGAAGACAGAUUUUUACAAGACAGGGAACUAAGUGGAAGCACCCUGAUUUCAAAAACGUGGAGUGGACGAGAUCUCACUUCGGCACGUGGGGGAAAGAUUCAACACUAUCAACAACAGAGUGGUCGACAGAGGGCGCUAGUCGUCGGGAACCCUACACUUCCUAAGAAGCUGAGAUUGCAUGGCAAGAUUUGGAAGCCAAUGUCAGAGUUGCAAAUAGCACAAGAAGAAGCUCACAAGAUGGCUCACUAUCUUGAAACGGAGGCCAUUGUAGGUUCAAAGGUCACCAAAGAGACACUACUGACCGAGUUACCCAAAUCAACUCUGAUUCACCUCGCAAUGUAUGGUUCAUGGGAGCAAGCAUGCCUAGCCUGCACACCAAACCCAACCAGCCAACCACUCCCUGAUGGAUCCAAUAGCCAGAGUGCUUACAUGAUCGGCGUUGAUGACAUCAUCGGUUUGAAACUCCAGGCUAAGAUGGUGGUAAUGAGCUGUUGCUAUGGAAACCGUCACCGUGAUGUCCAACUAGAACUACCACUUGCUUUUCUCGUUGCAGGUGCCGAGUCCAUCUUAUUGCUGUUGUGGUCCGUACCAGACAUCGUCAGGAGUACAUUCUGGCACCAUUUCUACCUGGCAUUGCAGGAGGGAUGUCACGUCUCUCAAGCAGUUGCCCAGGCCAAGAAAUGCUUGAGACAAGAUGAGAGGUUCCGUUCUCCUCGCUACUGGGCAUCCUUCUGUCUCCUAGGAGGAGAUCCAUUCAUUAGUCUCCUUGACGUCAAGCAUGCCAUGAUGGAUCAGCUACUCAACACAAUGGAGGAGACAUAUCUUAACAGCAAGAAGCAAGACGUACUCAACAUGAGGACAGCAGACACACAGGAGAGCAGUACCGGGUCCCUUCUUGAGAAUCUGAGGAGACACUUAUCUGGUCUGCUUUUGCAUCACACCCAGCACCCGGAUGUCAUACCAAACUUGACCAAACUGCUCAACCAAUGCCUCCCUCUCCUAGACCCACAGAGUGAUCACCCAACACCACCGUGGUCCCAACCUGUCCCACAAUGCAUCCUAAGAGCGCCCUCGGCCAUCCCGUUACUCAACCAGCUAGGCUUUCACUUCCAGGCUGGCGGGUCUGGUACCCAGGAUCCCCAGGUGGUGUUCCCACAGUGGGAUCCAGAUUCCAUGAUAGAACCUGCACUGCAAGCCCUCAAGGGAUUACAAGAUAUUUGUGAGAAUGCGGAGUGUGCCCACAAUCUGGCCAGAGUCUUAGAUGGUCAGGAGAAACUUCUCUCAGGACUCAUUGAUGUGAUGAGUUUCACCAAGCACAUGUCUGAGGUCCAGCUGAAGGUCAACGACACGGGGGUCAGUCACCUCUGGGGUCAUCACCAAGCGAGGGCGCUGUUGAUCAGCCUGGGGUUUGCUCAAGUCGGCCAGCUCCUUAUGUUUGAUGGAAAAAUAGCUAACAAAUCUCUCCUCCAUGCUGCUCUGCUAGUCCUCUGCUCUGUCAUGGCUGAGAAGGGACGAGCCAUGCUCCAUCGUCUAGACAUCCGUUACCUAGGCAUCAACACCAAGACUCCCAUCCUUCGCUCGGCUCGUAAGACCCCCAUCAAGUCGGCCCUGAGGUCGGCAAGCACGAUCCGAACCAUGACCCCUAGCGCUCUCAGGUCGCGUACACCGACUGCCGUCAGACUCCGUACGGCACCGGUGGCUGUUGAUGAGGAACCCGCCAGAGUCAGAUCACUGCCUUCAUUGAAUCCCGUCAAGUUGUCCAAAAACAAGCUUGCAUUUUCAACUCCGUGGUGGAGCCAACCAGCCAAGUCACCGGAGAUGAAAGAAAAGAUGAGAUUAGCAAGAAGCUUGAGUGACAUCCACAUAGAAUAUUCGCGCCACGUCCAACACACCCAAAACUGGCACGUAGAAUCCGUCACCCCCCAGGCCCAGAAAACUCUGUCUGCUAUUGGUCAGCCCAAGCCCCGCCCCCAGGUCAUCAAGGUCAAGGCUGGUACCACGCCUUCAUGUAUCCGGGAACCAGUGAACCAAGACUUGGAACUGAGCACGGAAGCGAUAGAGCAGAGGAGGGAUUACAGUCAUUACUUGUUGCACACUCGGAGUGCCGAUGUGGAGAGACGACAUUUGGACGCCGUGCAGAAAAUUUUCCAGCCUUACGUCAGUCGAAGAACGGCUGACGCAGUCAGCAAAUGAAGUGAAUACAUUCCAUAAAGACUGGUUGUGAAAAUUAUGGUCAAAAACUGAAAUGGUUAUUCGUUUAACGGAAAAUGUAUUUCUUCAUUGCUGCACUUUAAUGGAGUCAAUUAUCAUGCUGAGCUGAACUGAUUUUGUGAUGAUAAAUGUGCUCAGGUUUUUCUACGUACUGCAUUCUAAUAUCAAGUUUCAUAUUAAUGGAUGGUGAAUUUUUAAUUGCCAAAGAGAAUUUUGUUUUUCUUUUUAUAUGUAUAUUUUUUGUAAAGACUUUCAAAGACCAUGCAUUUUUCAAUAAAUUUCAUGAAAAUUUUGAUUAGAAUCAUGGAAAAUGUAACUCUCACAAAAUGAUGAUUUAUCUUUUUCUACAGCAUCACAAGUCAUUGCUCAACAUUGUCAUGUAUGAGAGCUCAGACAAUAUGGAUAGAACAUUUUAUUGAAAAUUAAGACUUUGCGUUUGUAGUAAAUCUUUCCAGAUAUGCAUUUGAAAUUUAAUGGAAAUGCAGUGCAACACAAAAUGGAUUCUAUUUUUUAGUUAAUCCUCAGUUGUGUCAAGAGUAUAAAGUGUUUGAGAAUAGGUAAAAAUGUCA